CAGAGGCGACAUCCGAGUUCUCAAGAUCAUUCGUAGGCAAGAGCUGAAGGUGGAAGAAGAGAGUAUAAAGACUCAUUGAACUUCUCCGACGUGGUCCUCAUCAGCAAUUGCACGAACCAACCCAACACGACCAACUUCAACAAUGCACACCCUCUCCCUCCUCCUCCCCCUCCUCCUCUCCACCCCAACCCACGCCUGGUGGAAACCCACCCCAACGCCAACCUGGCAAAUCAUCCUCUCCUCCACCCUCCGCACCUCCCCUCCCCCCUCUUCUUCAAACUACUCCAUCAUCGACUCCGACCUCUUCGACAACCCCCCCUCAACCUGGUCCCUCUACAAACGCAACUCCAUAAGAACAAUCUGCUACUUCAGCACCCAAUUCGAAGACUGGCGUCCCGACGCCUCGAAUUUUACUUCCCAACCCCAAAACCUCGGCUCCAGUCUCGAUGGCUGGCCCGGUGAACGAUGGGUCAACACGAAAGCUACGGGUAUAAGAAAUAUUAUGAAAUCUCGGAUCGCAGAAGCGAAAAAGAGGGGUUGUGAUGCGAUUGAUCCGGAUAAUAUUGAUGCUUAUUUACAUUCUGGUGGAGGAUUUGGACUUACGCAGGCUGAUGCGGUGGAUUAUGUUAAAUUUUUGGCAGCGGAGGCUCAUGCGCAAGACCUCGCAAUCGGUCUGAAAAACGGGGACGACAUCGUUUCUCAACUUGUCGAUUACGUCGAUUUCGCUGUUGUGGAGGAGUGUCAGGGGAAUUCGGAUCUCACUGCUGGAGACAGUUAUUAUGAUGAGUGUGGGAAGUAUCAGCCUUUUAUCCAGAAGGGGAAAGCGGUGUUUAGUAUUGAGUAUGUGGAGGGAACGCCGAGUUUGGCGGUUCAGAGAGGGAUUUGUAGGAAUGUGGUUGCGAAGGGGUUUAGUGUGUUGAUUAAGAGGUAUGAUUUGGGGGAGUGGGUUGUGGAUUGUUCGAAGGUUAAGUAGGAUCGUGUGGAGAUAGGAGGUGUGCGAGAUGUGGAAUUGUGUGAUUUGUUGUUUUUGAGAAGGGAAGAGAUGCUGUUUUACAGGUACAGAAAAGACUUCUAUCGAC